AUGGAUCAGUCCGCUCAGAAUCCCAGAAAGCUGAUGAUGUUCCGCACUCCCAACGAGGAGGAGGCGCUGAAGAACCAGAUCUUCAUCUUCAACUCACCGAUUGACUACAAGGACCAGCAGCUGAUUGUCUACCAGAAUCCGGGCAUCCUCACCGGAGAGAAGGACUGCGGCUAUUGUGUGGUCUACAAGCGGGAUCACUAUGUGCUCAACAAUCCGCCCAACUUCAAGAGUCCCACGAAGAGGAGUUUCCUGAACGAGUGCAUCCGCCAGCUGUACUUGAUCAAUGGCAUGGGCCACAAGAUGUACUGGCGCACCACCAGUGCGAUGGCCUUGAGCACACCCGGCGAGGUCUGGCACCAGGUAAACAGUUGCCUCCUGCCAGAGCGACUUUCGGCCCAAAAGGAGAGUCUUAAGCGGGUGAAAAGACAGCUUUUCCGCGAGCCACGAGCAGAUCGCAAAAAUCCCAAGCCGCUAAAGGGCAAAACCUGGGGCACUCAGGUCUUCUGCUUCAAGUCGAUGCGGGAGAAGAUCGGCCGGAGGUAUAUACGCCGUGGCUACCUCACCAUUGCCCGCCGCGAAGCUCUGCAGGAGAUGAUACGCGAGCAUUUGGCCCGCGAAAUGAUCUGCACGCCGGCCGUUUGCCGCACCGUCAUCAGUGCCGCCGAUGGCAUCUUCAACAUGAAUGCCGGCGUCAUCGGGGACAUUUGCAGCUACCACAGCCAUGUGGCCCGUCACCAGCCCGUUGUGGAGGGCCGGCUCACGGCCGGAGAAGCCCGCCUGCGGAACAACGAGGCCUGUCGACUGACCCAACGGGCCAAGCGACUGGAGGCCAUGUUCAUCCACGAACAGGUGCGACGGGCCGUCCAGAACCACCAGCUCAUCCUCGAGGAGUCCGUGCGGUCCAUCUACUACGCCAAGGAGCUCUUCCGCCUGGUCGAGGAUCACGAGGAGUUCGUCUACACGGACAACAAGAUCCUGAGCAGAAAGUGAAGGACCCCCGUCUUGAUCUUGGCAUAGCCAAUGCUUUUUUGUAUACUGCUUCCCUAAAAUGUAAUUUUUAAUUAUAGG